UGAAACUCUCACUUCCUCCCUGUCAUUUGUCAUGUACUUUAACCUACAGUCUCCUCUCGUGUUCUCAUUCUGGUGGCAGGGCGUUUGGUGCACUGCCAAAACUCCUUGAGCUGAAUCACCCCCACUCGACUCCCAGUUCACCAUGUCCAGAAAGGUUGUGAGGACCAGCAAGUUCCGUCACGUCUUUGGCCAGGCUGUGAAAGCUGACCAAUGCUACGAUGACAUCCGAAUCUCCCAGAUGACCUGGGACAGCAAUUUCUGCUCUGUUAACCCCAAGUUUGUGGCCAUGAUUGUGGACGCCAGCGGUGGGGGAGCCUUCAUGGUGCUUCCGCUGAGCAAGACAGGACGUAUCGACAUGUCCUACCCCACUGUAUGUGGCCACACGGGUCCGGUCCUGGACAUCGAGUUCUGUCCUCAUAAUGACAACAUCAUUGCCAGUGGCUCUGAGGACUGCAGUGUCAUGAUUUGGGAGAUCCCGGAAGGCGGGCUCACCUCACCGCUCACAGAUCCCGUUGUCAAGCUGGAAGGUCACUCCAAACGUGUUGGCAUCCUGAGCUGGCACCCCACUGCCCAUAAUGUGCUAUUGAGUGCAGGCUGUGAUAACGUGGUGAUCCUGUGGAACGUGGCUCGUGGCGAAGCGGUGGUGAGGAUCGACAGCGUGCACACUGACCUCAUCUACAGCGCCUGCUGGAACAGGGACGGCUCCAGGAUUCUCACCUCCUGCAAGGACAAGACCAUGAGGGUGCUGGACCCGCGCAAGGGCACCGUCCUCUUUGAGAAGGAGAAGCCUCACGAGGGCUCCAGGCCUGUCAGGGCGGUGUUCGUGUCCGACGGGAAGAUCCUGAGUACCGGCUUCAGUCGCAUGAGUGAGAGGCAGGUGGCGCUGUGGGAUCCGAAAAACUUUGGAGAGCCGCUGACCCUGCAGGAGCUGGACACCAGCAGUGGCGUCCUCCUGCCAUUCUUUGACCCAGACACUGGCGUCGUCUACCUCUGUGGCAAGGGAGACAGCAGCAUCCGUUACUUCGAGGUGACAGAUGAAGCUCCUUAUGUCCACUACCUGUCCAUGUUCAGCAGCAAGGAGAGCCAGAAGGGGAUGGGGUACAUGCCCAAGAGGGGCCUGGAGGUCAACAAAUGUGAAAUCGCCAGAUUCUACAAGCUGCACGAGAGGAAGUGUGAGCCUAUAGUCAUGACCGUGCCACGCAAGUCGGACCUGUUCCAGGAAGAUCUGUACCCAGACACCGUCGGUCCCGAGCCCUCGGUUGAAGCUGAUGAGUGGUUUGAGGGAAAAGAUGCCCCACCUAAUCUGAUAUCCCUGAAGGACGGGUUUGUAGCUACGACUAAAGCUAAGGAGUUCAAAGUUCACAAGAGUCUCCUGAAGACCACGACUGCGUCUGCAGGGAAUCAUGACAACGGCGGAGAGGUUCAGUCUUUGAGGAAGGAGGUGAAGGACUUGAAGGAAGCGAUAGAGGAGCUGACCAAGCGUGUGAAAGAGCUGGAGAGCAAGCAUUAAGCAAGCAAGAAAGCGACGAAGAGCUGAAAUCACGCGAGAACAGUGGAGCAAAAACUACACAGAGAAAACUUUUCUUAACUUUUGAUUGCAGUGAAACAAAGGGAGAGAUUAAGACGUAGAUGUCAUAAAACUAUUUUUUAGCGUAAAGCUUGAAUUUGUCUAUUUGGUUUGUGUGAUCAAUUUGAAAAAAACAAGAACCAUAAUAUAUGCUUUUAGUUUGAAAUAAAAUUUUCUGUAUUUUCAAAGUA